GUCUCUCUCCAGCCCUGCUUAGCCUGACUGUCCCAUUUACUCCUUCAUGUCCUGGCCUUCAUCAUGGUGUACGGGCAGGUCCUGCACCGCCAAGGCCCAGAGGAGAGCUUCAUCAACCUCAAUGUUGGUGGCUUUAAGCAGCGCGUGGAACGGGUCAUCCUCCAGCGUUUCCCCAACACACGGCUGGCCCGACUCCUGUACUGCAGCUCAGAGGCUGCUAUCCUCCAGCUGUGUGACGACUACGCUGCAGCCGACCACGAAUAUUACUUCGACCGCAACCCAGGAUUUUUCCGCUAUGUGCUGAAUUUCUACCAUACUGGAAAGAUUCACUUGAUGGAAGAGUUGUGCGUGUUUAGUUUUAGUCAAGAGUUGGAAUACUGGGGCAUCAAAGAACUUCACCUUGACUCUUGUUGCAGCAACAAAUUUCAGGAACAGACAGAGUACGCAGGAGAACGCGAUUGGGGAAAUGAUGAUGACCCACAGAACCAGCUGCAGGACAGCUUGGACUCAUCCAUGGAAGAGCUAUCUGCAUUUGAUAAAGACCUGGAGAAGUUUGAGGGCACCUGGUGCUCUGAGAUACGCAAGCAACUCUGGCUGCGAUUGGAGAAUCCUGGAUAUUCGUGCUCAGCGAAAAUAACGGCAGUGUUUUCUCUGAGUGUGGUGCUAAUGAGUAUUGUAGCCAUGUGUGUUCAUAGCAUGCCUGAGUUCCACCAGGUGGAUGCCAAUGAUAAGGAGGUGGAGAACCCAGUGUUUGCUGUGUUUGAGACCUUUUGUGUCCUCUGGUUCUCUAUUGAAUUUAUCCUACGGUUAGCUGUCACACCAUGUUUGUGCAAAUUCCUGUGCAAUGCAUUAAACAUAAUUGACUUUGCGUCUAUUGUUCCAUUUUAUGCAACGCUGGCAUUUGAAACCGCUGACGCUGCAGAAAGUGAGGAGCUAGAGAAUGUAGGGAGGGUCGUGCAGAUCUUGCGUCUCAUGCGGAUCUUUCGCAUCCUCAAACUGGCACGGCAUUCGGUCGGGUUGCGUUCACUUGGGGCGACUCUUCGUCACAGCUACCAUGAGGUUGGACUCCUCCUCCUCUUCCUCUCUGUAGGAAUCUCCAUUUUCUCUGUGCUCAUCUAUUUUGUGGAAAGAGAGGACGAUGAGUCUAAACUGCAGACCAUACCAAUGGGCUGGUGGUGGGCGACGAUCAGCAUGACCACAGUGGGAUACGGCGACACAUAUCCUGUCACGCUGGCUGGGAAACUCAUUGCCACCUUGUGCAUCAUUUGUGGCCUGCUUGUGGUUGCUCUUCCUAUCUCCAUCAUUUUCAAUAAGUUCUCCAAGUACUACCAGAGACAGAAAGCCCUGGUGGAGUCUGACCAGCUCCAACUAGACGAUGAAAAACAUCCAGAUCUUAGCAUGCUGGAAGGUCUCCCAUUUGUUCAUAUGAGUGACCUCUAUACCCAAAAGAUGAAUUCUCUGGUGCACAGUGUGUCUUCUAAGAGUAGCGUUGGGAGUGAGGGAGGCAACACUGAUGCUUCCAGCAUUCAGGAUGUAGAAGUUCUCUGCCCUUCUGAAAUGCCAGAGGCAAAGAAAGCAACAUAA